AUGGCCGACCGCCGUCGGCCACAUCCCCGAAGAGCACCUGCCGGAGAAGCGCACACGAGUCCAUGUCAAAGCCACAGCAGCGCCGAUGAGCGAGGCCGCCGAGCUGGUGCGGUUCUCCUCCCUGAAGAGGCUCCUACGCGUGACAGCCUGGUGUCGGCGGUGGCUGAGAGUACCGAGGGUCUCCUGCGAGUCGGGGGUCGACUCAAGCACUCCAUCCUAGCCUAUGACGAGCGUCACCCCGUCCUCCUGCCGAAGGGCUCGCACCUCACUCGGCUAAUUGUGGACGACUGCCAUAAACGAGCGUUGCACGGCGGAACACAGCUCACUCUCUCAUUAAUCCGCCAACAUUAUUGGAUUCCACGGGGUCGAGCACUGGUCAAGGAGGCUAUCCUGCGAUGUCUCCCUUGCGUGCGAUGGCGGGCGGCGACACCACAACAGCUGAUGAGCGAUCUUCCACGGGAGCGCGUGGUACCAGCGAGGCCCUUCCUUCACACUGGGGUCGAUUAUGCCGGGCCGAUUCAACUUCGCACAACCAAGGGGCGCGGACACCGCUCCUACAAGGCCUUCGUAGCGGUCUUCGUCUGCCUUGCUUCCAGAGCCGUACACCUCGAAGUAGUCUCCGACUACACGGCCGAGGCCUUCCUUGCGGCCCUCAGGCGGUUCGUCUCCCGCCGAGGCAUCUGUCGCAGCCUUCGAAGCGACUGCGGGACAACCUUCGUGGGAGCCGAUUCCCAGCUGACAGCCCUCUUCACCGCGGGCACGCCAGAAAACCACCGGAUCAUCGACAGCCUCGCCUCCGAGAGGAUCGAGUGGAGGUUCAAUCCUCCCUCAGCGCCGCACUUCGGAGGCAUUUGGGAAGCCGCAGUCAAGUCGCUCAAACACCAUCUCCGACGAGUGAUUGGCGACGCCAAGCUGACGUUCGAGGAGAUGAGUACCUUCCUCACUCAGGUAGAAGCGUGCCUUAAUUCGCGGCCGCUGCAGGCACUCUCGGACGACCCUGAGGACUUGGCUGCGCUGACGCCUGGACACUUCCUGGUGGGAGCCGCCCUGACUGCAGUGCCCGAGCCGUCCUUGCUGGAUGAACCAACGUCCCGCUUAUCUCGCUGGCAGCUCCUGCAAAAAAUGAGAGACCAUUUUUGGGAACGAUGGUCGAAGGAGUACCUCCACUCCAUUACUCACCGUCCUAAGUGGUUGCGCGAAGAGACGGGCUUCAAGGUCGGCCGACUUUGCCUCAUCCGGAACGAACUCACACCACCCACGAAAUGGCCACUCGCGCGUAUCGCGAAAAUCCACCCCGGAGAGGAUGGUCAAGUUCGCGUAGUGACAUUGCGCACCGCAGCCUCCGAGUUGGUACGACCCGUCGUGAAGCUCGUCGUGCUCCCCAUCAACGGUCAUGGAGAUCACGAGCCUCCAUCGCAGUAG